AUGACACCAAGUCCUUCUCUACCGUCCAUCAACGAAUUCUUCGCCGAUUUCUUCCGCUUCCUCUCAAUGCCUCGAAUGCUACCUCCGUCAAUCCCGCCAAACUUCCCACCACUGCAGACCCCACCAAGGUGUCAGCCCACAAAGGAGAUACCACUGGAUUUAAGUCGUAAAACGGCAAUUGCCUUCCCAGCCACAUCUGGAAGUAACCAAAGAAAAUCGAAGGUCCCUAUUGGUGGUAGUAGAGCCAGUCCGCAGAAUAAUCACCAUGGUCAUCAUCAUCCUCACCAUCAUUAUCAUCACCAUGGGUCUGGAAAGCAGCCCAUUCCAAGGUGCUUUGAGUGUAAAAGGCUGUUUCCAUCGUUAUGGGAUCUAAAUACACACUUCCUAAGAGAGCAUCAGUCGAGUCUGCAAAGGGAAUUCACGCAGAACAGAUCCUGGAAGACAUGCUCAUUGGAGAACAUAUCAGUGCAGCAACUUCAAGCAACACUUCGAAAAGGGUCCGUGGAACGAACUGGCUAUCCAUGUCCUCACUGUGAAUACUUCGCAAAGUGGCCAACGGAGCUUCAGAAGCAUAUAAUGGUCCAUUCCAAAGAGCGUCCACAUCAAUGUAUUAUCUGUGGUCUCACCUACAAGUGGAAAUGGGAUUUGGGUCGUCACUUUGACAAGUCACAUCACCACGCAGUGAAUCCUUACAAAAAGACGUGUUUCUCCAUGAAAGUAACUAGACAGCAGCAGCAACAACAACAACAACAGAAGCUAACCAAACGGAAUUUGGGGAAGAAGUGUGGACAAAAGGCUGUGCAAAAUAAUACUACAAAUAGCCCACAUCUUAAUGGACAGGGCUUGGGCUCCACCAUUCCACCGCUGCUUCUGUCCAAUUUUCUUCCGCAAUUGCCGAAAUCUUAUUUUGAACGAUUUUAUGGGUAUUGA